GUUUUUGGUCCUAGCAGAAGCACAGUUGAAAAUGAUAAAUCAGGAGUUUUCAAUGAUCUAUUAUCAUCAUCACUAUUUGAAUCAUCGACUGUUACAGAAUAGGAUCAGAAAAUGUGUAAACCAUCAUUGCUUUUUGGUUGACUUUAUGAACCGUUUCAGCGACAUAUUCUCUUCAGCUCUCCUCCUUUUUGCUGGAAACAUUACCCUAUCUAUGUGUUUAUGCAUGUAUGCCAUGACACAGGAGUAAGUAU